AAAAUCAAGUGUAGAUAAGUCAAAUCUUUAGCUUAUUUAUAUGCACAUCUCAAGCAGCCUUUCAGUUCGUUGCCCCAAGAUAAAGGAGGAGUAGAAAUCUCCUAAAAAUGGCGGAUGCCUCAAUAUCUAUUCUUUAAAAUAUCCAUAGGCGUGGGCGUGGGCGUGGGCAUGGAGGAUAUAAAUGGAUAAUAUAUAGUAAGAAAAGAAUGGGAGAGAUGCUGACAUAACAAGCAACAAGCUUAGGGUGCCAGCGAGUUUGACGGGCAAAUCACUAACUCCUAUUUAUGGCGUCAUUGGCACCAAUAUUUCAUGAUCAUUAUUUGCCUCGAUUUAAGCACCAUUCUCAUUCCAAUAACAAUUCCUUCUUAUGUUCCAAUCCAUAUUCCUUCUCUUACCCGUACUGUUGUUCUUCAUCGGCGUCCUUUAAUUGGAAGAACUUUGUCAUCGUUUCUGCAGGCAUAAAUAGUUUUUGGAGAAAUCGAAGCCUUAGAGCCCAGGUGAUGAGUUCAACUGAAAGAAGUGUUUUGUCACCAAGUUGGUUGUUGGACAUGGAGGAUAAGCCUGAGCAUCUUCUUGUUCUUGUUCAUGGCAUCUUGGCAAGCCCAAGUGAUUGGACGUAUGCACAAGCAGAGCUUAAAAAGCAGUUGGGAAGAAACUUUGUGAUCUAUG